AUGACCAAAGAAGAAGCCAAGGAAAGUAAUCGUGGGAAGUCUUUAGAGUCUCCAUCUUACCUCCAAGUAAAUGGCUUAGAAGAACCGGAGGGUUGGAACCCCCACGACGCCUCAGUCUCCCAAUUUGGAGAUAAUUUGAAUGAGGCCCUGAGAUCUCUCAGUAUUCCUAUUGACUUCCAUCACGAGAGUUGGGUUCAUGUUCAUGAGGCAGACAUCUUUAAUGAUCCGUCUUGGCUCAUCGAUGGCUCAGAUGGUAACAUCGACGAUUUUGAAAACUGCAUCCCAACCGGUGCAUUCUUUCACAAUUCUUUCAUUGCUGAAGCCGGUGUUAUAAUCGCAGAUAAUAACUAUGCCGUUGACCCAGCCCUGCUGGCGAACGCAAUGAAUCCGAACGAUCUUGCUACUCACAUUAGAAAAUGGAGUGAUGCCGUUUGGAUGCAAUGGUGGAAAGUAUGCCAUGAGAAAGGAGAGGAUGUGAAAAACGUCAAAUAUAUCAUUCGGUCCAAGAUCAACAAUGGGGAAACUCUCAACUUUAUAUUCCAGGCCAUUCUUAACAAGCACGCAAGGGAUGCCAAAGGGAAAACCAUUGGGCUCAAGAUCAUUAACAAGGUUGACAUAUUUGUCGCUGAGGGGAGCCACGAGGUGAAAGGCAUUGCUGUUGAUAAAGACACGUCGGAGACGAUCACGCUUCUGUUUCAUGUUACUGAUGUUUGA